AUGAAUCAAAGCCGAAAAAAACUUUACAACAUUGAAGCUAGAGAGGAUGUUUCGAAAUAUCCAGAAAAAGAAUUACCGUUACACAAAAUGCGCAUCCUGAUGUUAGGUCUAGAUGCUGCUGGCAAAACAAGUAUCCUUUAUCAUUUUAAGAUUCCUAAUGCGGCUGAUGUUGGUGGUCAAGAUAAAAUUCGUCCACUUUGGCGCCAUUACUAUACAGGUACUCAAGGACUUAUAUUUGUGAUUGAUUCACAAGAUCGUGACAGAAUAGAUGAAGCACGUCAGGAAUUACAUCGAAUUAUUUCAGACCGUGAAAUGAGAGACUGCUUAUUAUUGGUAUUUGCCAAUAAACAAGAUCUACCAGGCG